AUGACAUCCCAACCUGAGCCCGAUCUUAACAGAUUAGAAGCUGGAGACACCAACAUCACCUCUUCCAGCCAAGAAUCCGACCGAAAGCCUCAGCAUCCCGCAUACCUCGACUAUGGUCCCCUCGCACACGUGAACACAGCAGAGACGCGACUCGCACCAUUUGGUGGCGAGCUUCAACCCGGCCUCUACCGCUCAGUUGCAGAGCGCAAGAUCGCGAAUCCCGCGCCAUUGGGCUUAUGCGGGUUCGCACUGACCACAUUUGUGCUCGGAUGCAUUAAUAUGCAAGUCCGUGGAAUUACAGAGCCGAACAUGGUUGUCGGCCCGGCAUUCGCAUAUGGUGGAUUCGUUCAGAUCCUCUCUGGAAUGUGGGAAAUGGCGGUCGGAAACACGUUCGGUGCAACGGCAUUAACAUCCUAUGGAGGCUUUUGGAUCUCGCUCGCGAUCUCUUUCACACCAGGUGGAUUUGGGAUCCAGAAAUCUCUCGUUGCAGCUGAUAAUGGAAGCUUGGGAAUGUUCUACGAUUCUCUCGGUAUCUUUAUCAUGGGAUGGUUCAUAUUUACUUUCCUGAUGAUGCUCUGUACGAUGAAGUCCACUGUUGUAUUUUUCAGCCUAUUCUUUUCGGUCGACAUCGCUUUCCUCCUUCUCGGUACCGGAUACUUGUGUCGCAAUGCUCAGCAGGAACCAAACGCCAACCUUCUCAAGGCGGGUGGAUUGUUUGCGCUCGUCGCGGCAUUUCUAGCGUGGUGGGUGGCUCUUGCUGGUGUGGCUGAUAACAGCAAUAGCUUCAUCCUUCCACCUGUCUGGCACUUCCCCUGGUCACCCAAAGGUAGGGAAUCGAGGAAGAACUUGAAGGAGUGA